AUAUGAAACAACUAUCUAGCUAAGACAGUACACUACUAGUAACUGGAUAUUAGAGAGCUGCAGUGAGCUUGUGUACAGAAAAGCAACGCGAUGUCAUCGAUAAAGACAUUCAAAUUAGAGGGGCUUAUUCCCGCCACGUUUACACCAAUGACGGCAGACGGAGAAGUUGACUACGACAAGUACGAGACCUAUUGUCAAUACUUGGUUGAUCGAGGGAUAACCCAGAUAUACGUUAACGGCACUACGGGUGAGGGGUUUUCGUUGACGUUGGAAGAACGUAAGAAGGUAGUGGAAACGUGGAUUAACGUGGGCAAGAAAACUGGGAAGAUUAAACAAAUUGUCGUCCAAGUUGGAGCCUUGAAUCUGCAUGAUACAAUCGCCAUGGUUCAGCAUGCUAAGAAGGUAGGAGCCGAUGCCAUCGCCACGGUGCCACCACUUUUCUACAAGCCCAAAACUAUAGACAACCUCAUCAAAUACUGCCGAGAAGUGGCGAACGCUGCGCCGGAACUUCCCUUUUACUUUUACCAUCUACCAUCACUUACCGGAGUUGAACCGAAUGUUGAGGACUUUCUCAAGGCCGCGUCCGCGGAGAUUCCGAGCUUGGUAGGGGUGAAGUUCUCUUCCAAGGACUUGGUCGACAUGCUGGGGUGUGUCCACGUGCCCGCCCCCCACAGGGAUGACGGGAAGUACAACCUCGUUUUCGGUACUGAUGAGAAAUUGAUGGCUGCGAUGGUGCUAGGGGCAGAUGGGUCUGUUGGAAGCCUGUGUAACUUCAUGGCGCCGCUCAUGAAUCGGAUACUGACCAACACGGCGGCCGGUCGCAUCCUAGAGGCACGGGAGGACCAGUACCGUGCACAGCAGAUGUGCCGGGUAAUGUACAAAUACGGUGACAUGUUUGGGUCGAACGUCGCAGCCCUAAAGGCCAUAAUGGCCAUGGUCGGCCUUGACCUUGGGGGCCCAAGGUCACCGAUGCGGAACGGGACGCCGGACGAACUUGAGGCUUACAGGAAAGAGCUGGACGGUAUGGGCUUCUUCCAGUGGUACAAAUAGACGAUAAGGAAUACACUUUCUGUUCCUGAUACAUGUCUUACAAUGAAUAAAAUGGACUCAAAAAUAUGUGUUAAGCCCCUUUAAUGUAACUGUUGUGCCGGCACUUUUCAUUGUGGUUCCCUUUACUCGUAAAUGAGUGUUUAAAUAUUGUCAUUUAUUUCAGCAUUUUGGGACAAAAUCUGUUUUGGUAUUGAUGUAGUAAAAUGCUAACAGAAACCUUU